GUGGGGUUUCGCUAGUAACCGCAGCGCGUCCUUCAGAAGCGCAGCGCGAUGUUCGGCAGCCUCCGGAGACAGCUCCGCGACGAGCCCUUCUUUGCCGAGCCGUUCCAGCAGCAUCAGGAGCGCAUGCAGCAGAUGAUGGGGGGUUUCUCUGACCCCUUCGGUCAGUGCUUCUUGCCCAGCAUCACAGACGGCCGUCACCGGGGUCACAGAGCCAUGGCUCAGCCCAACACUGACCCGAACGACUGCAGCAGCCGAGAGCUGGAUUUCUUUAGCAAUCCUUUCGCUAUGAUGGACAGCAUGAGGAACAGGAUGGAGGCGAUGCAUCGAAAUUUUGUAAGUCUGACCUCUUAAAUAGACCCCAACAGCCACUCGUUUUCCUCUUCCUCUGUCAUGAUGUACUCUAAAGCGGGAGAUGAGCCGGCCAAAGUCUUCCAGGCCUCGUCUCAGACGCGCUGUGCUCCUGGAGGAAUAAAGGAGACCAGGAGGAGUCUGAAGGACUCUGAGAGCGGACUGCAGAAGAUGUCCAUAGGCCAUCACAUCCAGGACAGAGGCCACGUCAUCGAGAGGAAAGAGAACAGGAAAACCGGGGAGAAGGAGCUCAACCAGGACUUCCAGAACAUGGAUGAAACGGAGGCCCAGUCCUUCGAUGAGGAGUGGCAGAGACAGGUGUCCCGAUUCCAGGCUUCUGCGCCCAUGUCCCGCCUGGAAGCACCGAGACACCGAGCGGGUCACCGAGCAGCCAUCACAGCACCACGAGACACUCACAGAAACGACAAAGCAGCCGCAGGAAAUCAAACCCAUUAUAAUGAGCUCCACAUUAAAGGCUCUGGCAAGAAGAAGCACUAAAGCUCGUUCACAAUAAAACUCUUGACAGGAAUCAGCUCGCUGGUGUUUUUAUACCGCAGUUUCCUCGUACUGUAUCCUUACGCAUGUUUCCCACCGCAGACGUGAGCAGCGCUCUACAGAGAACUUUUAUUUCUAGGUCACUGGGGAGUGUUUCUUUUAAUGCUGACUAUUAGUUUUAAACUGAUUAUCAGUAGUGGGUCACUGACAGACUGUUUAAUUGUGCACAAUAGACUGUAUUCAUAUCGUCACCUGUAGUGUGUGUAGUUUCUUCUUCUCCAUGUCAGAUCAUACUGAUUUUAUCCAUCAUCAGUGCACUGUCACUUUAAGAGCGUGUGAUCAUCUGCUUCUGCUGUCUUCUGUUAACACGCUCGCUGAAACACAAAGCCUGUGGUGUGAAACAGGCCUCACUUCCAUAACAAGUAAGUUGUUUUCCCCGUUACUGUGUUUCGACAUCCUCAGUCUUUGUUUUUCCAUAUGUUUGAAUGAAAUAAACGGGAAUGGUGUCAGGUCUGUGAUGCAUCU